AUGAGCGACGCAGAAAAGCAUAUCCUCGUUGAUAAAAUGAUCGAUGCUGUGUUGCGGAGUACCGAGAAUCCCAAGACUCUAUUUAGCCCCCACCGUUAUCGAGCAUACGUUGAAAAUAUCACUUACACGUCCGGUGCGCGGAUCGAGUCACUGGAACUCACGCUUACCAGUGGGCUUGCCUCUAGCGCAAUCCUACGAGGGGAUCAUGUGGGGCUGCAGUCAUUAAUUGACCAGGGUGUCAGUCUAACGAUGUGGAGUAGCAGUCUUGGGAUGGUGCCGGUAGAUCUGGCAUACAAGGAGGGCACGCCAGAGAUCAUCCAGAUGCUGGUGCCACGGUAUUCUCUAUAUUAUCAGAGUUGCUCUUGGUGGAAUUACAACAACUCAUGUGGGUUAGUUGUAGCCGCAAGGCGAGGAGACCCGGAUCGACUGGAGGUGUGGAUUAAGCCGUUACUGGAAGCCGGGCAGGACAUCUCGGUGGAAUUGUACAAGGCCGUGGAAGGAGUGUUGCGAAUCGGCAAAGUGGAGAUGGUGGGAGUGCUGGAGAAAUACAUGACACGUCCGAAAAAGGAGAUGCAAUGGCUUUGGUUCUAUUGUUAUAACGAGGCCAUCAAGAGCGGGAUGUUGCAUGUGAUGAGGCUGGAAAUGGUUCAAUUAUUGUUAGAAAAUGGUGUUGAUCCCAGUGGAAGGGGUGGCCUAGAAAUCGCCCAGACUCCUCUUCAGCGAGCCAUCCAAAGCGGAGACGUUGACAUCGCGAUGCUGCUGUUGAAAUGGGGUGCCGACCCAAAUACCGUUGCAAGAAGAACUCCACCUUUGCAUAUGGCCGUUCAGCAAGGACAUACAGCAUUGGUACGAUGUUUGUUUGAACACGGGGCCCAAUCCAGCUACCAAUUCAAGGGAAAGAAAUACACUGUGCGGCAGGAAACAGCUAUGCUGAAGAACAUUGCGACGCUGCUGGGAGAAAUGGGGCUUGACAAGGCCCUCAUUCAUGAGGUAUAUUUGAUUCUAGAUUAA